CCAUUUUAAGCGCAGUGUGAAAGCAGUCUGAUUUACUGCAGAGGGAAAGGAUCAAAGUCUUUAAUUUACGGAGGCCAAAGAGCAGCAAGAAUUACUUUACUGGACCAGUAUGGAGGAGGGCAGCAGUAUUGCUGUCCUGGUGCCACACAGCAGGGGGCAAGAAGCAGUUCUAAUACCUGACAGUGUUGUGGGCUCCCGGUUGCAGGACAACGAUGGCAAACAAAAACAAAAAGCUACUGACUCUCUCAUCCAGGUCAUAGAAAAACUGAGCAAGAUAGUGGAAAACAAAAGGAAGAGGAGAUGUACCCAAGCGGGCAUGAAGCACCCUCACCUGUAUCAAUCUGUGAUUCUCGAGGCCAAAGAAAACUGCGAAAUCCCAGCAAAAAUGGCAAAAGACUCGGACACACUUAAGCGAAAUGCACCAUCUGUUGUGCAGGAGGAAUACUAUUUAUCCGAGGACCUGCAGGACACCUGUAGCAGGACAGUCACUUGCUACCAGUGCAGCCUCUGCAAAUUAAUUUCCCCAACCCUGCCUCUGUUGAAGGAGCACAUAAGACUACACGACCGGCAAAAUGAGGUCAUAUUGAUGUGCUCCGAAUGCUGCUUCAUGUCCAAACAGCAAGAGGAACUGGAAGCCCAUGUCAGGAUUCACUUAGAUAGUGAGGAGAUGCACACAAGUGUUGCUCAACAUCAUGGGCUUCAGAAUCUGAAUCUCUUAGCCGGGAAAAGUUUUGCAUACGCAGGGGGCCUUGGAGGCUUGCAGAUUAACAUGGAAGAUGAAGAGGUCAAAGGAAAUCUGAAGAGUUCAGUGGGAGACCAUGUAAAAAAAAAAUGGUACACGUAUGAGCAGUAUGGCAUGUACAGGUGCUUGAUCUGUAGCUACACCUGCGGUCAGCAGAGAAUGUUGAAGACGCACGCAUGGAAGCAUGCCGGCGAAGUCGAUUGCUCCUACCCUAUAUUCGAAGACGAAUCAGAGCCUGCUAGUAUGCCUGCAGAGCCACUGCCUCAGGCUGAUGAAGCUGUUGUUGUGCUGGCUUCAAUAAGCAAACCAGCAGACCUCUACGGCACUCCUCCUUUUCAACUACAGCUUUGCACCUCUGGUACAGACGACAGUGGAAAGCCCAUUCUUGGCCAGACUGUUCAAGAAACCUCGGAGGAAGCGUGUCUACCGAAGGUCGCAAGUGCAACAUCCCAGGAAGAAGUAGUUGAGGAACAGACCCUUUCCGAUUUGGAACCGGAUAACGCCACCUCAGAUAGCCUUCUCUCUUCGGCGCAAAAGAUAAUCAGCUGCAGCCCCAACAGAGUAGGACAUGUCAAUGUCAUAGUGGAGCGUCUUCCAGGAGCUGAAGAAGUAGGAGCCAGCAAGCAGUUCCUGUUGAGCCCUGACAUCGAGAAGAGGCUCAUCUCUGAUGAGCCUGAGAUGACUUAUUACGAGGACACUCCAGAAGUUUAUAAUGCCAGCAAAGGUACUGUUGCUCUCGAAGAGGUGGUCAUAGAUUGGUGCAACAAUGAGAGACAGUGCGAGGGCGAGGAGGCUAAAGAAUCGACAGCAGCUGAUGAAAACUCCCCCCCGGUCCGGAGAAGGACACAUUCAGAGUCGUUGAGGUUGCACUCCAUGGCUGCUGAAGCGCUUGUUGCUAUGCCCACAAGAACUCCGGUGGCCAGCAUUAAAAGCAUUGUUGAGUUGAGCACGCAGAGCCCUGAUAUUGGUCAAAGAUACAUCGAUAUAACCAAUACAGUCCAACACAAAGUAAUAUCUGCUAUUAAUAAUACCUCGGAGGAUUUUGCCGAUUUGAAACAGGCCGCCACUGCGCAGGUUGACUUGGAUAUGCAGACGGUCAAGCCUGGGCUGUCGGAGGUGCCGGUCAGAAUGGGAAUCAGCAUGUCACUGCUCACGGUGAUUGAGAAGCUGAGAGAGCGGACUGAUCAGAACACCUCGGAUGAAGAUAUUUUGAAGGAAUUGCAGGAUAAUGUGCAGUGCCAACCUAGCGGCGACGUGAGUUUGCCAGGAGGCAACCUGGUGGAGUAUAUUCCAGAAAGUGAUCGGCCGUACCGGUGCCGCCUUUGCCUCUACACCAGUGGCAACAAGGGCUACAUCAAACAGCAUCUGAGGGUACAUAGACAGAGGCAGCCUUACCAGUGUCCCAUCUGUGAACACAUUGCAGAGGACAGCAAGGAUCUCGAGAGCCACAUGAUCAAUCACUGCAAGACCAGGAUGUACCAUUGCAAGCAAUGUGAAGAAACCUUUUAUUACAAGAGCCAGCUGAGGAAUCACGAACGAGAACAACAUGGGCUGCCCGAUACCUUGCCUGUGCUGUCAUCUGUUAAUGAGAGUACCGUGCCUGAAGAUAAAUACACAGAAGAAGAUCUGGCCUCUACCCAGAAAGUCUAUAAAUGUGAUGUCUGCGCUUACACAAGCUCGACAUACAUUGGUGUUCGGAACCACAGGAGAAUCCACAACUCUGAUAAGCCGUACAGGUGCAGCAGCUGUGACUUUGCCACAACAAACAUGAACAGUUUAAAAAGCCAUAUGAGACGCCAUCCACAGGAGCAUCAAGCAGUACAGCUAAUGGAACAGUACCAAUGCUCACUCUGUGGCUAUGUAUGUAGCCACCCCCCUUCUUUGAAGUCUCAUAUGUGGAAGCACGCUGGUGACCAAAAUUAUAACUAUGAGCAAGUAAACAAGGCUAUUAAUGAAGCAAUUUCACAAAGCAGCAGGUCUCCGUGCCCUGUAGCGAAAAGGAGUGAACCCAUUGAGAGAACUGUCUCUGGACUUGCGGAGAAGUCGAUGCUGGAUCCUGAAACGCCAGCCUUGGCUUCGGAGGAGGACAAAAGAGUUACAGAACCAUCACAGGUAUCCAGCUGUACAACAAAAAGCAGCUCGGAAAAAAGUGCGAGUCAGUCCCGGGCAGGGGCGGAGUACUGCGUCCUGCUUUUCUGCUGCUGUAUCUGUGGGUUUGAAUCCACCAGCAAGGAGCACCUGAUAGAGCAUAUGAAGAAGCAUGAGGGCGAGAUCAUUAAUAUCAUUCUGAACAGGGAACGAAGAUCCCAGGAGCCCCAGCGCGGCACACAGUAGACUGCAAUGCACUCCUUUAGCUUUAUACAAAAGCAGGCAGGUUACAUUUUUUUAUAAGACCUUUUAGGUGUAUCUGAUUUGUUUGCAGGUUGCGGUUGGGUAAUGCAGACCAGCUUUAUGUCAAUGUGGUGGUUUUUUUUAUAUAAUAUUUUUUUUUUAAUUUGUUUUGUUUUUACAGUGUAUUCAAAACUUGACAAGCUUACCGUUUUUCACAUCUGGAAACAAUAUAAGAUUGACCUCUUGACCUAGUCUUUUAUUGUGUACAGUUUCUAGACUUCCACACAAAACAGCAGUUCAGAUUUUGAAAAUGAGUACACUGAACUUCUAGAUUUAAAACUGAAAUUCAGAAUGUUGAAGGUUAAACUGCAGUCUUUAUAUUUGUAUAGUUUUGGUGUAAUUUAAAAGAAAAAAAAUAAGUAGUUUUCUUCGUGAAACCAGCUUCUCACUGUAAAAAACAGCUAUGUUAAUAAGCAAUCAGAUUAUGUAUUUCAGUGAUUUAGGGUGUAAAUACCUUGGUAUUUGUUAUUUUCUAUUUAUGCAUGUAGUUUUAUUGCAACAAAACAAUGUAAACAGUGCACCUUUGCAUUGUCUUCAUGGUGCUAUUCAGCUGUCAAAGCAUUGUGCCAGGGAUCAUUGACCUAAAGAUAUAUCUGUACACACACUGUAUCUGUGCUCCCACAGGCAGUAUUUUCUUUUAGAAUAGUUUUGUUUAAUUUAAGUAUUUAAAUUCUUAAAUAAAAUCCAAAUACAGUUUUUCACAAGGCACAGAUGUUUACAUUUUAUUAUAGUUGGAAAACUGCAAGUAAUGCUUUCUGUUAAAGUUACAUCAAAUAGCACAUGUUUAGUAUAGAAAAUUAAUAAACUGUUGAUUCCGUUAAGGAGUGGAGUAAUCUUUUCAAGAAGUAUUUCAGUUCUAAAAAAUAUAUACAGCAGGAUAUAUAUGCUGUGGGAUUUAUAUACACAAUGCAUGUUGUGCCUAAAUCUUUAAACAGCAGUUUUGCUUGACCAUCUGAAAUAUUCUAGUUGGUUCUACCUUAUUCUUGUGUGUAGUAGGUGAUACAGUAUUAGUUUAUUAAGUUUUGAAUGCCAUUCAUUUAGUUAGGUUGCUGAAUUGAACCGGCCAUCAAGUUUAAAAGACUGAAUCUUCCAUUACGUAAAAUCAAGGAUGUGGAUAAAUAGAUAAUUUAGCAUUCUUCUUCCACUAACCCAUGUAAAUUCAUAUCAGCCUUUCAUAUUUAUUUUAUCGACCUAUUAAUUAAACCCAAUGUGGAGAAGGGUGUGAUUUUAUAAACUGUUUAAUCCCCUUUUAUUUCGGUCUAUUUCAAUCCUUCCAAUUGUUCUACUUUCCAAUACUUUGAAUCCACUUCUCUGUAGCUAAUGCAUACAAUUGUCAUUCUAUAAAAAUAAAAAACAUGGUAAAUGCAGCAUGCUUUACAGAAAGUAGCUGGAGGUUAAAAUGAAGAGGGUUUACAUUUGCAAUAUCGUUUAUUAGAAACCCCCCAAUAACUGUUUUGCUGUUGGUAAUGCAAAGAUCGUAAUUGUUGUACUUUUGACAUUUACCAUUGAGUGUUGUAGUCUUGAACAAAGGCUUGAAUCCACAAUGUUUGCAGCCUUUUUCUUGACCACAGUGGAGUACACACUUUAGGUUAAGCUUGAUAAUAUUUGUUUCUGCUAUCUGGACCUUAACAAGAAAAAAAAAGUACAGUAACAUUUUAACCCUUUUUUGGGGAUGUGCUUUUAUUUUACAUGGUAUAUUUUAAAUGUUUAGGUUUCAUUUGAUAAGACGCACUGUUUUAAGUGGCCAUUCUUGUGAUCGGUACAUGCUACAUCCAUAAAUCUUCCUAAAUGUUUGCAUCAAAAUAUGUCAAAUGAAGCAACUGAAUUAGAUUUUUGGUUGAAACUGAAAAGUAGCUUGUGCUAUAACAUGGAAUGUUGCAGUCAUUAAGCUCUGUGUGUUCCCCCUCACAUUUGUUUAGAAUAUGUAGUCCUUGAACACAGUGUUUUUUUAUAUAUAUAGAGAGAGAGAAAUGCUCAAAUUGCAACUGAUGCUUUUUUUUUUUUUUUUUACAGUUCAGAUAAAUGUAUUAAAAACACAUGCACACUAAGAAUGCAGUUUUAGCCAAAGUAUAGCACUUCCACAAGACUGAUUUUGAAAUACUGUUGGUUAUUCUUACACUAUUCUUACAAAAAGGUUUGUAUUUAUAAGUUAAUUGAGCACAUUAAGCUGCAUGCCUUAAUGCCAAAAAGGAGUUGUAUAACUGUUCUUUUCUGAACUGACAUGGCUUUUCGUUGUUAACAAACCAAGGUGUGUAAUACAGUACAUCUUGUAACUACCUUGGGAGGGGGGAGGGGGGAGGG